AUGCAGGACAUGAGCGCAUCUGCUGGCUUCCAAUCCAUAUGCUCUCUCAACCAGGCCAUCCUGCACUACUACCUGUCGGACUACAGCAGCGCAGAGGCAGCCCUGCAAGCCGCCCAGAACCUGCCCACCCCUGCACACAGGGUCCAGCGCGAUUUCCUGGCCACGGAGGUCGCGCUGGCGAGGCGCCUGGCGGUCUCCGCGCGAGCCAGGCUCCAUACGGAGCGAGCCUGGCUGGGCGUGGCGUCUGAGGGGCCGGGCGUGGGACGGAGCGGUGCCGCGUCGGCCGAGUGCAGCACCCAGCCUGAGCCUGGCCUGGACCUGCACGCUGUACACGCUCUGCACGAGGUCCGCGCCUCCCUCCGGGAGCGGGACACCGCGGCGCCGGGCGUGCUGGAGUCCAUGCUGGCAGACAUUGCCGCCCUCGACCCUGGCGAGAGCGAGGCGGCUGAGGUGCUAACCUGCCAGGCAUCUGCCCUGGCCGGCCGUGCGACUCAGGCUCUAGAGCCGGCUGGCCCCUCCUCCGAAUCGCCAGCGAUCAGGGUGGCCCUGGGCUGCGGGGCACUGACGUGUGGUCGCCCCAACACCGCCGCCCUGCACUUCACAGAGGCCCUGAGGGGUUGCAGCGCAGCACCCGUGCCCACCGAUGCGCCAGGCGGAAGCCAGCCCUCCCUGCCAGAGACCGCCACGCGGCAGGCAGCCUGCCCAGACGCCCUGUCUGGCGCAGGGCUGGCGCAUCUCCAGGCGGGUCGGCACGGGCUGGCAGCGCGGUGCUUUGCUGGCGCCGCACAGCGUGCACAGCGUGCCCCCUGGCCCUGGAUCCGGCUGGCGGAGUGCGCAAUGAGGGAGGAGGUGUUUCGCCGGCCCCUCCUGGAUGCGCUCGCUCUGCCGCCGCGCCGCCCGUGGGCAUGGCCCGAGGAAGGCAGUGAGCUCAGCCCGGGUGAGCAGCGGAAACUGCUGGAGGGUUGGGACAUUGGGCCACCAGACCUGAGCGCCAAUACUACUGCCGCCUACCUCGGGCACGCCCGCUUCCUCAUCCGGCGGCGCAAGGAGGAACAGGCGGGGGAAGGCGUGCCCGACCAAAGAUAUUUCGAGUUCAUCGCGAAGAUCAACCUCGACAUAUCCUUUGCGGGGUUCGAGCUGAGGAGGCUGCUCUUUACGAUCCAGCAAAUAGCAGCCGCCUCAAACCAUGCCGAAGGACCAGGCUACCUGACCACCGGUGAGGCCCUGAACAUGCCCCUGGGCGGCUUUGGCGCAACUCAGGCAAGCCAGGGCGGCACCGUCCCACAGCGCCUUGCCGUGGGCGAGCGUGAGGCCUCCCUGCAGCGCUUCCUGGAGGAUGGCUGGCUGGCGGAGUUCCCUCAGGUACCCGGCAGCUUCACGCUGGGCGUGCGCACCCUCCUUGAACUCCCCGGCUGGAUCCUGGAGGCAGAGGAGCUGCCGGAGACCACCCGGCAGGUCCUGGAACGCUGCCGGGCUUGA